AACCAAAUUGGCUUACAAGUUCAUCAUAAUGACCAAGAUCAAGCAGAACCAGAGCCAAGGCCAACCGGUACCUUGAUGAUGUUCACUAGUUUAUUCGUAGUCGUGCAUUGAAGGCAUAAAGAUGCAAAUAAGCCCUCGGUGUGUUCUGGCCAUGGGCGGCGUACUUGUGGGCUGCUGCAGUGGCGGAGUCUUUCUGGAGCUGCUGGUGAAACUCGAUCCGGGCAUCGGAAACCUCGUGACCGCUGCCCAGUUUGCAUUCGUAGCCCUGGAGGGGCUCAUCUUUACAUCCCGGCUUGGACUGGCCCAGAGAAAAAUCAGCCUGCGCGACUAUGCCCUGCUGGUGGCCAUGUUCUUCGUGACGAGUGUGUGCAAUAACUAUGUGUUCGAGUUCAAUGUGUCCAUGACGCUGCACAUGAUCAUACGUGGAGGUUCCCUCAUAUCCAACAUGUGCCUGGGCACCAUAAUACUCAAGCAAAAGUAUCGCUUGUGCCAGUAUAUAUCGGUCGUCAUGAUUAGCGUCGGUAUCUUCAUUUGCACGUACGUCUCCAGCCGGGAUUUGCCCGUCCAAAGCGCUAGGGAGAGCGCCACGGAGGCAGACGUUUGGCGUUGGCUUCUGGGUGUAAUGCUGCUGGUGCUGGCCCUCUUCAUCUCUUCGUACAUGGGCAUCACCCAGGAGCUGCUCUAUCGGCGACAUGGGAAGUGUGCCCGCGAGGCCCUGUACUAUACGCACCUGCUGCCACUGCCUGCGUUCCUCCUCAUGCACGACAACAUACGAGCCCAUUGGCGGCUGGCCUGCGCGGGUGAAGCCUACACAGUGCCGCUGCUGGGCGUGGCAGUGCCACUGAUUCUGCUCUAUCUGCUGGGCAACGUGCUAACACAGCACAUGUGCAUCAGUUCUGUGUAUGCUCUGACCACGGAGUGCAGCUCCCUUACCGUAACGCUGAUCAUAACGCUGCGCAAGUUCAUUUCGCUUGUGUUUUCGAUCGUUUACUUCCGCAAUCCCUUUACGGCCUACCACUGGCUGGGCACAGUGAUGGUCUUUGUGGGCACGCUCAUGUUUGCCGAUGUCCUGAGACUGCCAGGCAGCAGGAGAGCUCCGCCUGUGAAACGUGACUGAUGAUGAUCCAUUUGCAUUCCAUUUAAUUCGAUUUACAUUUAAGUACAAGUACAGGGUAAAUACGGUUAGCAAUUAAAACUAAACAAAAUUAUUACAAGACUCUCAUAAUUGUAAUGAACAAAAAUAUGAACAAAGUACGAGCAUACAUUAAAAAGUACCAGAAAAAACAUCGA